UUUUGAAAACAAGGAUAUGGUGUUUUGACCGUGUUCGAGCUGAACCGAAAAAGAAGGUGGAAUGCGAAAGACAUGAUGUAGGCGCUGCUGUAACACACAGGAUGUCCGCAGUUCUAGCUCCUCGUGGUGACCCGAUCCUUGCAGAUCCGAGUUCCCUGCCUUAUCGCGAUGCUCGUUCAGCAGCUGGUAGCAGCAGUAGCAGCAGUGACCUGUCGGUUCUUGAUGAUUCCGAUGACCAGUCGUGGCACUCGGUUUUCGACUCCACGGCUUGGGGAUCUCAUGGCGACGGCCUGUUUUCCGGCGAGAUUGAGGGCGUUCCGGACGCUGAGACGGGUGGUUUCAUCUCGGGAAGCUCGUCGGAGGUGGAUUUGGAGAGUGGGGAUUUGGAGGUGAAGGUGCAUUUGGGGAAGAUCGAAAGGGAUUGCAGAAUUUGUCACUUGGAACUGGAAAGCGGCGGCGGAAGAGAUCAUAAUGAUACUCCGAUUCUGCUUGGUUGUUGCUGUCGUGGUGAUUUGGGUACCGCUCACAAGCAUUGUGCUGAGACUUGGUUCAAAAUCAAAGGAAAUACAAUUUGUGAGAUAUGUGGAGCAACUGCACAAAAUGUUGCAAGUCAACAAAUAAAUGAACCGAGCAAUGCGGCUGCUGCUGCUGCUGCUGCAGUAGCAUCCUCAGCUAUGACAGCACCCCUAACUCUCGUCGAGACUCGAACGAUCUUUCAUGGUCGACGCAUUAUGAACUUCCUGCUUGCUUGCAUGCUCCUUGCAUUUGCAAUGUCCUGGCUUUUUCACUUCAAGUUAAUGUCAUAGGGGCUUAGGAAGAUCGCCAGUAGAAGAAAACUGGGGGAAUUCCAAGUUCUGUAGGCCUUUGUACAUAUAAUUACACUUUAGUUAAUUUUGAUGAGGUUGGUUUCAUUAGAGGCA